AAGCACCAGAUUCAUUUUUAUUUCUUUUUUAAGAUCGCAUUCUCACCAGAAUAUAUAUAUAUAUAUAUAUAUAUAUUGUGUGUGUGUGGCAUAUCCAUCGUGGUCUCACCGAAAGAGCUAGACCGGGAAAAAAGAAGAAUGGGAGUUGAUGGGAAGGAGAAUAAUAAAAACAUUAAGAAGACUAAUGAAAACAACGGCCGCCGAGGCGGCGGCGGUGGGGGCUCUUUCUGGUACAUCUUCAAACACGCCGAUAGAGUGGAUAUACUGCUGAUGGCCCUCGGCUUCUUCGGCGCCGUAGGCGAUGGCAUCUCCUCUCCGAUCAUGUAUGUGAUCACCGGCAGGAUCAUGAACAGCCUUGGCGGCGCCGCCUCUUCCGGCGGCGGUAGUUUAUCUCAUCAUGUCAACCAGAAUGCACUCAAUUUCUGUUACCUAGCAUGUUGGCAAUGGGUGGCUUGUUUUCUUGAGGGAUAUUGUUGGACGAGAACGGGGGAGAGACAAGCAUCAAGAUUGAGAUUAGUGUAUAUGAAAGCAGUGCUGCGUCAAGAAGUUGGAUACUUCGAUUUGCACGUCUCAAGCUCCGCUGAUGUCAUCCACAGCGUUUCCCUCGAUACUAUGCUUAUUCAAGACGUCAUUAGCGAAAAGAUUCCGGCAAUGUUAACACACAUGGCGCUGUUCAUCUCAUCCUACGUGGUCGGGUUCAUGCUGAUGUGGCGGCUGGCCCUUGUCGGCGUCCCCUUCAUCGUCUUCCUCGUCAUUCCCGGCUUGAUUUACGGGAGGGCACUUUCGGGAAUCGGAAGAAAGAUGAGAGAGGAAUACGGGAAGGCGGGUCGGGUCGUGGAGCAGGCCAUCUCUUCGGUCCGGACCGUUUAUUCGUUCGUGGGCGAAGAGGUGACCGUUCGAAAUUACUCAUCUGCCCUUGAAAGGACGUUGAAAUUGGGCCUGAGGCAGGGCCUUGCCAAAGGGCUGGCCGUGGGCAGUAAUGGUAUCGUGUUCGCGAUUUGGGCCUUCAUGGCCUAUUUUGGUAGCAGGCUGGUCAUGUAUCAUGGCGCGCGUGGCGGCACAGUUUUCGCCGUGGGCUCCGCAAUCGCGCGUGGUGGAAAGGCAUUGGGGCCUGUUUUCUCAGACAUGAAGCAUUUCUCAGAGGCUUCCCUAUCACUCGAGCGAAUAAUGGAAGUGAUAAAGAGAGCCCCCGAGAUCGACUCCGAGAGCCCGGAGGGCCAAACCCUAGAAAGCAUCUCAGGAGAACUCGAAUUCAGAAAUGUCGAAUUCGCGUACCCGACGAGACCCGAAAGCAUCAUUCUCAAGGACUUCAACCUGAGGGUACUGGCGGGUAAGACGGUGGCGCUAGUCGGGGAGAGUGGGUCCGGGAAGUCGACAGUCGUUGGGUUGAUACAGAGGUUUUAUGACCCCACGAGAGGAGAGAUUUCUCUCGAUGGGGUCCGCAUCGAUAGACUUCAGCUCAAGUGGCUGAGGUCGCAGAUGGGACUAGUGAGCCAAGAGGGGGCGUUGUUUGGCACCACCAUCAAAGAAAAUAUAAUGUUCGGGAGGGAGAACGCGUCCCGAGACGAGGUGAUCGAUGCUGCCAAAGCUGCCAAUGCUCAUGACUUCAUUUCCCAGUUGCCACAAGGAUAUGAUACCCAGGUGGGAGAAAGAGGGGUGCAAAUGUCGGGAGGAGAGAGACAAAGAAUAGCAAUAGCAAGAGCCAUAAUAAAGGCCCCCAAAAUCCUUCUCCUUGACGAGGCCACAAGCGCACUCGACUCCGAAUCCGAACGGGCUGUCCAACAAGCCCUAGACCACGCCUCUACCGGCCGCACCACCGUCAUCGUGGCCCACCGCCUCUCGACUAUAAAAAAUGCCGACCUCAUCGCCGUGAUCCAAAAUGGCCACGUCAAGGAGGUCGGCUCCCACGACCGCCCCAUCAAGGGCGGCAGUGGCGGCAUUUACUCCUCCUUGGCCCGCCUCCACCACCCCGAGAACCCCCCGGGCCCCACAAAUGAAGAGCUGUCGAGACUUGACGUUCCCCUGACUACAAGUCAAGAUUCAUACAGUCAUUCGUAUUCAGCUGGUGUGGAACCGCACCACUCAGUGUGUCCUGUAGAGAACACUACUCAUGGCAAGCCGCCUUCGUUCAGAAGGUUGCUCACCAUGAACGCGCCAGAAUGGAGGCAAGCGGCGUUAGGUUCGACAGGGGCAAUGCUAUUUGGAGGAGUGCAACCCAUGUUUGCACUCGCAUUGGGAUCAAUGGUGUCGGCGUAUUUCUUGCACAACCAUGGUGAGAUCAAAGAGAAGAUAAGAAUGUACGCCCUGUGCUUUCUUGGGCUUGCCAUUUUCUCACUUCUUGUCAACAUACUUCAGCACUACAACUUUGCUUCCAUGGGAGAGUACUUGACCAAAAGGAUUAGAAAAAGAAUGCUCUCUAAGAUGCUUACCUUUGAAAUCGCGUGGUUCGACAAGGACGAAAAUGGCACCGGAGCUGUUUGUUCGCGACUUUCCAAAGACGCAAAUGUGGUCAGAUCGCUAGUCGGGGACCGAAUGGGGUUGCUAAUUCAGGCAACGUCGGCGGUUCUCAUAGCAUGGACGAUGGGGCUAGUCAUUGCAUGGAAACUAGGGCUAGUUAUGAUUGCGGUCCAGCCACUGAUCAUAGCUUGUUACUACUCCAAGCGCGUCAUGCUAAAGACCAUGUCCAAGAAAGCCAAGAAAGCCCAAGAAGAAACCGGCAAGCUAGCCGGAGAAGCACUAGCAAACCUCCGAACCAUCACCGCGUUCUCCUCCCAGACUAGAAUCCUUGAAAUGCUGGAGAAAGCUCAAGAGAUCCCGAGGGCGGAGAAUGUUCGCCAGUCGUGGUUUGCUGGCGCCGGGCUUGCCACCGCCUGCGGCCUCACCACGUGCACUCGUGCUCUCGGGUACUGGUACGGUGGCAAGCUCGUCGCUGAAGGCUCUGUUACGGCCCGGUCCGUGUUCCAGACGUUCCAAAUCUUGCUGACCACGGGCCGGGUCAUAGCUGACGCUGGGACCAUGACUAACGACCUCGCUAAAGGGUCCGAUACCGUGAGCUCCGUGUUUUCAGUACUAGACCGACGCUCCUUGAUCGAACCAGACGAGGACGAGAAGUUAAAACCCGAUCACGUACGGGGGCACGUCGAGAUCAAGAAAGUUGACUUUGCGUACCCCGCCAGGCCGAACACCGCCAUCUUCGAGCGAUUUUCGGUUGUUUUCGAAGCCGGGAAAUCGACCGCUCUCGUCGGGCCAAGCGGGUCCGGGAAGUCGACAGUGAUCGGGCUGGUCGAGAGAUUCUACGACCCGAUCAACGGCGCGGUGCUGAUAGACGGGCGCGACGUGAGGUCCUACCACCUGCGCGCCCUGAGAGAGCACAUCGCCCUCGUGAACCAAGAGCCGGCGUUGUUCGCCGGGACCGUACGCGAGAACAUCGCGUACGGCGCCGCCAGCUUCGCCGCCUCGGAGGCGGAGAUCGCCGAGGCGGCGAAGCUGGCAAACGCGCACGAGUUCAUCACGGCGUUGAGAGACGGGUACGACACGUGGUGCGGGGAGAGGGGGGUGCAGCUAUCCGGGGGACAAAAGCAGAGGAUAGCCAUAGCCAGGGCACUGCUGAAGAAGCCGGCGAUACUUCUGUUGGACGAGGCGACGAGCGCGUUGGACAACCAGUCAGAGAAGACAGUGCAGGCGGCGCUGGAGCGAGUGAUGGUCGGCCGGACGAGCGUUGUGGUGGCGCACCGGUUGAGUACGGUGUAUGAUUGUGACACCAUUGUGGUGUUGGACAAGGGGAAGGUUGUGGAACAGGGGAAUCACUCCACCUUGUUGGCCAAAGGGCCAAGUGGGACUUACUAUUCCUUGGUCCACAUUCAAAGAACAUCCUACCCAAUCUAAAGUUAUUCAUACUUUAACAUUUUCUUUUUCUUUAAAAUGAGUGAGCUUUGCUUUCAUCUCAAGUUAAAUAAAAAAAAUUGUACACCUUACUUCCUAUUAAUAUCAAAAUGGUUAUUUUUUCCUCUCAGAAUAUACGUUUAGCUUGACUUAAACUUUUCUGUCAUACCGUGCGAAUUAAGGAAUUUU